AGGAAAAGCCAAAAUCAGAAAAGAGAAGGAGAUGAGGAGAGAGAGGAAAGGAAAAAAAUGAAUAUAACAUUCACUGCUACUAAUUGAUGUUUGUUUAUAUGUUGAUGAGCUUUGAUAUGGGUUUGAAGAAGACUGGCUGAGAGAGAGAUUAGUGAAGAUCAGAAACAAAUCAUGGUCGUUGCCCAGAAGCCAUGAAGAGCAACGACACAUCCACAGAAAGCAACAGUAGAAGAGAAGAUGAUCGUAAGGAGACGACUAGUACCAGUAGUAUCUCAACCCUCGAUUCCAGAUUCAACCAAACCCUCCGAAAUGUUCAAGGGUUGCUUAAAGGUCGCAGUUUUCCUGGCAAGGUACUGUUAACGCGGAGAUCUGACCCCCUGGAUGGCUCAACUUUACUCUCCCAAAAAAUUGAGAGGAGUUUAUCAGACGCUAAUACCGGACCAAGUGAACAAAUGGACGAGUCUGUUGAGGAAGAAGUACUGAGUAGAAGUGCUCCAAAUACUAAUUCUGCAAUUAACAAGGUCAAUUCGUCAACUUCAAGCACUGAAAACACAUCCAAAGAGGUUCAGAAACCCACAAUGGGUGCUAGAGCUACUGAUUCUGCUAGGCUUAUGAAGUUUGCAAAAGAACUGUCAGGGACAACUGUCAUUUUAGAAAAAUUACGUGAAUUAGCUUGGAGUGGGGUCCCACCAUAUUUGCGUCCGACCGUAUGGAGGCUUCUUCUGGGAUAUGCACCCCCUAAUUCCGAUAGAAGGGAGGGGGUUCUGAGAAGAAAGCGCCUCGAGUAUCUAGAUUGUGUUGCUCAGUAUUAUGACAUUCCAGACACUGAACGCACAGAUGAGGAGAUUAAUAUGCUUCGUCAGAUUGCCGUUGAUUGUCCUAGAACAGUACCUGAUGUCACAUUCUUUCAACAAUUGGAAGUUCAAAAAUCCUUGGAGCGAAUACUUUAUACAUGGGCCAUUCGACAUCCUGCAAGUGGGUAUGUUCAGGGAAUAAAUGAUCUUGUUACACCGUUUUUAGUUGUUUUUUUGUCUGAACACUUAGAAGGGAAUGUGGAUAAUUGGUUGAUCUUGGAUCUACCUGCGGAGAAAAUCUCUAAUAUUGAAGCAGAUUGCUAUUGGUGCCUAUCAAAGUUGCUUGAUGGUAUGCAAGACCAUUAUACGUUUGCUCAGCCUGGAAUCCAGAGACUUGUGUUUAAGCUGAAGGAAUUGGUCAGGCGAAUUGAUGAACCUGUGUCAAGACACAUGGAGGAACAAGGGCUUGAGUUUCUUCAAUUUGCUUUUCGCUGGUUCAAUUGUCUUCUAAUAAGAGAGAUUCCUUUCCACCUUGUCACCCGUUUGUGGGACACUUAUCUUGCGGAAGGAGAUGCAUUGCCCGAUUUUCUUGUAUACAUAUUUGCCAGUUUCCUUUUAACGUGGUCGGAUAAGCUCCAGAAGCUUGAUUUCCAGGAAAUGGUGAUGUUCCUUCAACACCUUCCAACUCAGAACUGGACCCAUCUCGAGCUUGAGAUGGUGCUUUCUAGAGCAUACAUGUGGCACACCAUGUUCAACAGCUGCCCAAGUCACUUAGCAAGCUGAAACGGCAGUAAUAUUAUUUAUUCCUUCGUUAUGAAGCCCUUAAACUUCUAGGUUUUGUCGUUUUUUCCCUUGAAUUUUGUUCUCAACUUGGGUUCUUUGACGAAAAUCAACCGGUCACUCUCUCCUUUGUAUUAUUUCUUGUAGUAUCUGUAUGUUUUAUCAUUUCUAUAUAUUCUUACUUUUGGCCGAGGAUGGAAAAAGAUUUUCAUUGUAUAACAUUCCUUGAUUUACAUGACUGGUGGAGUUUGAGAGAACAUUCAAUAUAUAUGUGUAGUGUUUAUAUACUGACAAUGUAUAGGGAAUUUCAUUGAUUGUCUGUAAUUGUAGUUACUUUUCUUGCCCAGAAAUGAAUAAGAGGAUCCUUUUCAGUUGUCAUA